AUGGAAGGAGACAACUCUCUGAAAUAUAUCAGUUUUAGUUCCAUAAUUGACUCUUCUUUCUGGCAUAAACUUUAUCAAUUGAAACUUGACGAGGACCGAUUGGAAGAAAAGGAAAGGGAAAUAAGAGGUUUUUAUUUACAACCCAAUACCUGUAGUCUGAUUGUUGACUGUACAUCAUUUAAUAGAGAGUAUGAAUCGCAGUUGGGUAAAAACCAGUUCACAACCAUAAAAUACCUUUGUGACAAACGCUUGAGUUACAAUAAUUCAUUCUUAAGUGCUACAGGGUAUUUGUUAAAUUUUAACUCCGCUUCAAAGUUGAAGGACAGUAACAAGAAUUUAAUAAUUGAAAAGUAUGGCAAACUUAUUAAAAAAGACAUUGACAGUGGAAAAGCGAUUGAAAAUCCCAGCCUCCUCACUAAGUUUGUUCUUAUAACCUUUGCUAACUUGAAGACCUUCGAGUUCAUUUAUUGGUUUGGGUUUCCUGCUUUAUCAUCUCUGACUUUCAAGCUACUCACUAAGCCCGAGCCGCUCAAUAGUGUCUUUUCCGAUGAACAGAUAGACAAUCUUCUAGUGUCUCAUCAAGAGUUAUCUGAUGAGAACAAAAGUGUUUUCGCUGUGAUCAGGGGAAGUGAUAAGUUAAAAUGUAUGACGUUGAAGGAAUAUAUCGGUCUCCAGAAUAAGUCCUCCAUUAAGGGUAUGUACAUCUGUUUCCUCGAUCCUAGUUCAGACAAGGAUUACCCUGGUUGGCCUCUGAGGAAUAUUUUAACUCUUCUUGUUUCUCAAUGUAAGGACAUUUGGCCUAUCGAUGUGAUCUGCCUAAGAAUCGGAGCCCCUUUUGAAUCUAGUUUAGUUCUUAGCGUUUCAAUUGACGAGGAAUCAAAACAAGACGUAUGGAUCGGCUGGGAGAAGAACAAGCGGGAUAAAUUUGGUCCCCGCUGCAUUAAUCUUCAAAAUGAUCUCGACCCUCUCAGGAUUGCUGAUUCCAGCGCUGAUUUGAAUUUAAAAUUGAUGAAAUGGCGGCUUGUCCCAGAUUUAGACCUUGAUAUUAUUAAAUCUCAAAAGUGCCUUCUCUUAGGCGCUGGAACUUUAGGCUGCUCUGUUGCCCGGAAUUUAGUUGCCUGGGGUGUGAGGCACGUCACUUUUGUAGAUAAUGGUCGCGUGUCUUUUUCGAACCCAGUGAGGCAGUCACUCUUCAGCUACGGCGACUGUGACCUCGGCGCUGGAGGGAAGAUGAAAGCUGAAGCCGCUGCUCUAGCCCUCAAGGCUAUUCUCCCGACGAUUAAUUCAACUGGUGUAACAUUAGAAAUCCCAAUGCCCGGUCAUUACAGUGCCACAAUUGAAAAUGCAGUGAAGCUACACGAUUUGAUCGAAGAGCACGAUGUUGUUUUCCUCCUCACUGAUUCAAGAGAGAGUAGAUGGCUUCCUACAGUUAUUUGCUCCGUUCUUCAAAAGUUGGCAAUCACGACAGCAUUAGGAUAUGAUACAUACUUGGUAAUGAGGCACGGUCAAGCGGAAGGUGCUAAUCAAAAACUGGGAUGCUACUUUUGCAAUGAUGUCACAGCUCCUGGAAAUUCAAUGGAAGACAGAACCUUGGAUCAGCAGUGUACCGUCACAAGACCUGGUGUGUCAAACGUAGCAUCUGCGCUUGCUGUAGAGCUUCUUGUGUCAGUCCUCCAGCAUCGUCAGAAGGGUGUCGCAACUUCCACAGAAGAGACCGUCCUUGGAAUUCUUCCCCAUUCGAUCCGAGGUUUUAUUUCACAUUUUACUCACAUACUUCCUUCGACGGUAUCGUUCUCUCAGUGUAUUGCUUGUUCUCCCAUUGUUGAAAAAUCAUAUUCAGAAAAUAAAACAGAAUUCCUCGAUAACGUCUUCAAGUCUACGAAAUACCUGGAGGACCUCACUGGAUUGACUGAACUUUUCAAAGCGACCGAUUCUCUUGAAAUGUUGGAAUUGAAUGAUGAAGAUGACUAUGAUGAGGACGACGAAGAAAAUUUAGAAUCGAUGGAAGACCUCGGAGAAGUAUAAAUGAUGUCAAGUUAAACAUAAACUGUUGUUUGAACUACGAUCUAACAACGUGAGACUAUACUAUCUAGUCGCUUAAAUGUCCCAUCUCACAACAUGCUUCUUAAUAUUUUUGAGCGCUCGUCAAGUGUUUAGUUGUCAAUGUUAGAUCUUCUUCUUCUACUCAGUUGUUCCCUCGAUGUGUUGUCAAACUUUCAUCCCUCAUUGAUGUUAGUAGUUAAAUUUUUUUGGUUUGUUUUUGUGUGAUAUAUGGCCAACAGACUUGGGCAGUAUUUGAAAUGUAAUAUUUUAAAAUACAUUUUUUGUAUUUUGCAUUUUAAGAAGUAAAAUAAAUUGUAGCUGUAUUUUCUUUUUAAAAUACAAAAGAGUAUUGUAUAUAUAUAUAUAUAUAUAUUUUUUUUUUUUUUUUCUGUUGGCUCUAUAGACCUUGUAGAUCUUUGGCCGCCUGAACCAGCCUUCUCCACCUCUGCCUAUCUUGGGCUACUGCUUUCCAGUUUGCGGCAUGAAGCUCAGCCGUAUCUUUGUUUAUCCUAUCUAUCCAUCUGGUUUUUGGCCUCCUACGUGGUCUCUUGCCUACUACUCUGGCAUUCAUUGUUGUGUAAAGGCAUCCUGAUGGAUUGCUACGAGCUACAUGCCCUGCCCAACUAAUUAGCAAACUAUUGAGGUCAUAACUUGUUUCUUUUUUUUUUUUCAACAGUUGAACUCUUAAGAAUUGUAUUUCUGGACUUGAGUCAGAAAAUUUUACUUGCACUAUUCAUAACCUCCUUGCCUUCAUGUCAUGAGAUAUUGACUGCCCCGUUUCUUUCAACAAUUCUUUAUUGUUCCUUCUCCUCCUUGUGCCAAGGUUCUGGUCCCAUAUAGGUCCUGUUAUCCUACGUAGGACUUUUCUUUCGAAUCUCUCAAUUCUGGCUUCUAAUGUUCUGGUCAGAGCCCAGGUUUCACAACCGUACAGCAGAACUGGCUUAAUCACAGCGGUGUACAUCCUUAUUUUGAGAUUUCUGGAGAUUUUUCUGGAUUUCAGUACCUUUGAAAGAGAGAAGAAAGAUCUGUUCGCACUUGUUAUUCGCUGGUCUAUCUCUGUUAGUUAAUCAUUUAUUGUGGAGCCGAGGUAUUUGAAUCUGUCUACUUUCGGGAAUGAAUUAGAAUCCACGCAGAUCAUGUUUAAAAACCCUAAUGGGUGGAUGUUUCGGCUUACUAUCAUGUAUUUUGUUUUAUCUACAUUGACCUGUAGUCCGAUAUAAAAUACUUUUUGGCAUUUUGUAUUUGAAAUAUCUUUUCUGAAAACAAUUUAAAUACUUUAUAAUUGAAAUAGCUUUUGCCUGGGUCUGAUGGUCAGUGCUGUAAUACUCAGAUUUAUUUUCUAAUUUGUGUUGUGAACGUUUAAAUAGUUUUAUUAGGAUAUAAUCAUGUUUUAUUUAACUCCCCAAAAUUGAUGGAAAAUCCAAUAUCCAUUUUAUUACGAUUACAUUUAUAAAACUAAUUUUAUAUUAUUUCAUAUAUAAUUUACUUUUCAGGCAGGAUUUAAGUUUCCAUAUAAGCAGUCCAUUUAAAUUUUCUCAUUAAGUAAUUAUCCAUAAUUUUGGUUAUGAUGAGCGUUGUAUAGGUUAUGCAGUGGCUUUGUUUUGUAUUAAGGAACAUUCCUUAGAAGUAGCUAUGUUUUUAUUUUUUUUAAAAACAAUUUUCAACUACAGUGUCAAUAUUGAAAUCAUAUUUUUAAUGCUUCUUAUCAGUUUACCCUUAGUAACUCAAAAGAAUUUCAGAAGAAAUAUUAUCUCAAUCUUGUCACAAAUGAAAUUUUUACUUUUAUAACUGAAAAUCCUUAAAAGUCAA